AUGCGUGGAUGGACAAUGUCUACAGUAAGUAUAUCAGAAUCAGUUAAAUACAUCGAUUCAACAGCAUUUUUAGAGUGUAGUUCUCUUUCACGUUUCAUUGUUCAUGAAAAUAAUAAUGUGUAUAAAUCCUAUAAUGACAACCUUGUCUCACUUGAUAAUACAAUAUUGUUUCGCUUUCCUCCAAAAUCGAAACAAAUUUCUAUUAAUAUUUAUACAAUUGAUGCAAAUAUAGUAAAUAUAUCCGAUUAUGCAUUCGAAAGUGCAGAUUUUGGAAUUGUUAAUUUUGAUGCUCAAUCACAAAUCAAAGUUAUUGGAUCAUUUGCAUUUUUAAAUAGUAAUAUUCAAGAAAUACAUCUUCCUUCUUCUAUUUCUGUUAUCAAACGAUACGCAUUUUCUUCACCAAAAAAAUUAAAACAAAUUAAGUUUGCUGAUAAUCAAAACAAUAUUGUUAUUGAAGAAUAUGCAUUUUCCAACUCAUCAAUUUCGAAUUUCACUUUUCCAAAUAAUUGCAAAAUUUCUGAUUCAGUUUUUUGUUACUGUACAGAACUAGAAAAAGUAACAAUAAAAUCAAAUAAUGUAGACCUUAACAUUGAUGCAUUCUCAGGAUGUUUUAGCAUUUCUAAUUUUGAAAUCACUAAUUCACAGUUUAUAAAUGUAAAUGGAAGUAUAAUGAAUAGCAACAAAGCCACAAUUUACUAUAUAAUACCAAAUUCUUCUUUUGAAUUGGAUUUGUUAGCAAAUGUAAAUCAAAUUUGCGAAACUGCUUUCCGAAAUUACAAUGGAAGUUUGGAAUUAACAAAAAUAUUUACCAAUAGUAUUAUUACUAUUGAUAGAGGUAUUGUUUAUCUUGGUCGUGAAUGUCUCUCAUCUUUUAUGAAUUUAGAAAAUAUCAAUAUAAAACAAGACACAACAUCAAUUUGUAGAAGAUGCUUUUAUGGAUUGAAAAAUAUAAAGAGUUUUACAAUACAGGGGAACUUAGAAACUAUUGGAGAAGAUGCAUUUAGAAACUGUCAAUUCAAUUCAUUAAAUCAAAUUGAUUUUCCAUUUUCAUUAAGCUCAAUUGAAAAAUAUGGUUUUUAUAAUGCAAAUUUCGGUAAUUCUACUAGAAUAUCGUUUUUAUCACAGACUUUGAAUAUUAAAUCCCACGCAUUUGAAAAGAUGACAGCAAAUUGUGUUAUUUUUAAUGUUCUUGAUUCAUUAGAUGAAUAUGCGUUUUAUGGAUCAUCAAUUCCUAAUAUAAAUCUUGGAGAUUAUGGAUUUUAUGAAUUUAAAAAUUAUGCAUUUUCACAUUCAUCUGUAGAGAUAGUUGAAUACUCAGGAGAUGUAAGAAAAAUCGGCUUUGCUACUUUUCAAGAUUGCAAAUCUCUCAAAACAUUUUAUUUUCUUUCACUAACAUCGGGUGUUGCAUCAUUAAUCGAUUUAAAUAGUAUUACUUACAUUGAUGAUUUUGCAUUCCAAAAUUGUAUUUCAAUUAGUGAAAUUCAAAUUGGGGGAAUUUUAAAGACAGAAUAUAUUGGAUACAAAGCAUUCGAUAAUAUAAAAAACUUGAGAACAUUUUCAGUUGGUAAAACAAAUGAUAUAUUUACGAGUGAUACUUUGCCGACUGGAUCUAAUCCUGCAUUCAGUUUAUCAUCAGAUAAUGAAUAUUAUAAGUAUAUUGAGAAUUGUCUUUAUAACAUAGAUUUGACUAUUUUAAUAAGGUACUUUGGAUCAAAUAUAAUUGUAAGGAUUAAGUCAUCAACAAAAAAGAUAUCAGAUAAUGCAUUUUCAUCUCAAUCAUUAGAAUAUAUUUUAUUUGAUUCCGAAGAUAUCCAGUUAGAAAUCAUAGGCAAAAGUGCAUUUUCUAGUACAAAAUUAAGAAGUUUUGAAGUUCCACCACUUGUUACAUUGAUUGAUGAUAGUGCAUUUCACAAGUGUUCUUUAUUAACAACAAUUACUCUCAAUGAAAACCUCGAAAAAUUAGGAGCAAUGUGUUUUUCAAAUACUGGGAUUUCCGAAAUAAAAAUUCCAAAAUGUUGUUCGUCAUUUGGAAUUUUUUCAUUUUCGGAGAAUUCACAAUUAGAAAAAGUUGAAUUUGAAGAUGAUUCAUCAAUAACAGAAAUACCAGAAUUUUGCUUUUUUAAUUGUUAUAACUUAAAAUCAAUUAACUUACCAAAAAAUAUUAAAAAAUUGGAAAAGAUGGCAUUUAUUUUGUGCUCAAAACUAACAAAUAUAUCUCUUGAACACAUUGAAGUAAUUGGAGAUAAUGCUUUUAUGAGUACACGCUUGCAAAGAAUUGUUAUUCCUUCCAGUAUCGAAAAAAUAGGUGAAAAUGCUUUCGGUAGUUGCAAUUCAUUAAGAGAAAUCAUUUUUGAAUCGAAUUCUCAAUUGACUGAGAUUGGAAAAGAUCCAUUUUCUAAUUGUAAAAACAUAGAAUUACUAGAAAUGCCAGGUUCAUUCAAUAGAUUCAAAGAUUUCUUUAUAAAUUUCUCGAGUUCUGGAUCUACUUAUAAUUCUUUAUUGAUCAAAAAAGUUGUUUUACCUCCAAAAGAGAUCAUUUUUGAACAAAUUCCUGAUAUUCCAAUUGAAUCAAUUGUUGCAAGAUCAGAAACGAACAUUGAAAAUAUUGGAGAAAAUGCAUUCAACAAUAUGAAAAGGUUAAUUUAUGUUGAGUUCAAAUGCCAUGUUAACAAUAUUGCAACAAAUGCUUUUUGUAACUGCCAAAAUUUGGAAUAUAUUUAUAUGAAAGAAGUUCAAACAAUAAGUGGUUCUGCCUUUGCAAAUAAUACUAAACUUAAGAAUAUAACAAUCCUAGAAUAUAAUGGAAUAAUACCAGAGAAUUGUUUUCAAAAUUGUUUUGCUUUAGCUAAAAUAAUUUCCAAUGUAAAUAUAAUAAGUGUUGGAAGUUAUGCCUUCGAAAACUGUGAAAAUAUAGACUUAAAUACUUCGGAUAUCACAAAAGUUGGUUCAUAUGCUUUCAAUAAUUCAAGAAUCAAAAUGUUCCCUUCAAGAAUUACUAAAAUUGAAGAGUUUGCGUUUUAUGGAUGUUUUAUUGAAUCAAGAAUUGUUUUAACGAAUAAACUCGAGUAUAUAGGAACAGGAUCAUUCUACAAUUUGAGAAAUUCAAUCAGAUAUGUCCAUUAUUGUGGAUAUAAGAACUUUCCCGAUAAUAAUAAUGCGUUUGAGAAUUUAGAAGGAAUAGUUGUUCCAAAGAAUUACAAUUAUGAUAUGUUUUGCAAUUACAAGGUAAUUAAAAGUAAAACAUUAAGUUGUUACUCCAUUCCAGUGACUGAAUUUUUGAAUUAUCAACAAUCUGUCAGAUUUGGGUCAAAAGAUUACUCUCUAAGAAGAUUAAGACCAUAA